AUGUCGAUAACCAUGUGUGCGUCAGAUCGAUACCCAUCACAGCAGCAGGUGUUGUCUGCUCAUACAGGCGCCAUGGACGCCAGCAUUCGCCUCCCGCCGCUAGCCAACAUCCUCCGCUUGAUCGACCGCACCUACUCGCCCCCGUGCAUCGAACUGCACGGGCUCUCCGCGGAUUCUCUCUCCGCGCGCGUCGCGGGCUUCCCCGUUGCGCUCAUCACGGGCCGCGAGCCGCUCGAGAGCGCCGUGCCCAAGGUGCAGAAGCUCGCGGAGGUCUGCCGCGGAUUGGCGGAGGCGGAAGUGAGUGGCGCGGGGGGGAGCGGCGGAGCGGAGCGGAAGCUGCAAGUGGUGGUGCUUGUCCAAUCAGACGUCGAGGAGAAGGAGGUGCAGCAGUCGCUCUUGAAGCUGGCGGCGAAAGAGAGGCUCCCCAACGGCCCUACGGGUCCCGCGAUCCCGUCGCAACCGCCGUGGAUCGCGGUGCCGUGUGUGCCGUCAGAUGUCGAGUCGCUGGAAGGGGUUCUUACCGAGGCCGCGCAGACGCUCGCCGUGGCGCUCGAUAUAGUCACGUCGUCGGCGGACGGGCUCGCGUUGUUCGACAGCACGGGCCGCCCGUUGUUAAGGCGCGGCGCGGAGGUUCUAGAAGCGUACGGCAGCGACGCGUGGCCGUUUACCCCGGCGCGAAUCGCGGAGCUGGAGGCGGCGAAAGCGGAUCGCGACGCGAAGGAGCAGCAGCUCGGCGCGCUUCUCGCGACGAACGAUCGCGAUUGGCUGCUGCGAGGGGGCGGCGUUGUAGGCGGAGGAGGCGGCGAGUCAGGAGAGCCAUUGGAUGCGGCGCUAGCUAAGGAGCGAAUCGCGCAUAGCAUGGCGGGGAAGCGCGUGGUGGGGCUCUAUUUCGGCGCGGCUUGGUGCCCCCCGUGCGAGCCGGUGCUGCAGCGACUGACGUCCGCUUAUCACGGAAUCCACGAGAAACACGGGAAGCACGCUUUAGAGGUGGUGUAUGUCUCGUGUGACACUAACGAGGGGGAGUUUCUCGAGGCCGUAAAAGGCGUGCCGUGGCUGGCCGUGCCAUUCGCGGAUAAGGCGACGAGGGACGCGUUAGUGGAGAGGUUUUCGUCCAAAGCCAUCCCUUCUAUAGUGUUCCUUGAUAACUCCGCAGCAGCUGCAGCAGCCGAAGCAGCAGCAGAGGGUGCAUGGAAUGAGGCGAUGUUGAGGCACCCCACGCCCACCAUCACGAGGGAGGGGCGCGAUGUGAUCAUGGAAGUGGGCGCGGAGGGUUUUCCAUUCUCAGCUGAGCAUGUGGAGCGGGCACGGGCUGCCAAGAAAGCAGCGGACAGGGAAUGCUAG